GCGUGUCUCUGAGUCAUGCAUAUAAUAGUGAGACGAGCUGCGUUUCGUUUUGGCUCUCCAGUCCUGCUCCUUAGCUCCGCUCGCUGCAACAGACUCUCCGCCAUGGCCGAACUCUCCCCAGAACAAGCGGUGUUCAACAAGCCGAAGGUUGAGCUGCAUGUGCACCUGGAUGGAGCCAUCAGGGUGCAGACUAUUCUUGAUGUUGCCAAGCGACGUGGCAUUUCUCUGCCUGCAGAUACUGCUGAGGAAAUGAAACAGAAGAUAAUUCUUCACGAGCCUUCCAGUCUCACGAACUUCCUGACCAAAUUCAACGAGUACAUGCACGUGGUUGCUGGAGACAGAGAAGCCAUCAAAAGGAUUGCCUACGAGUUUGUUGAGGACAAGGCCAAGGAAGGAGUGAUUUAUGUCGAGGUCAGAUACAGUCCACAUUAUUUAGCUAACAGUAAUGUGGAGCCAAUUCCUUGGCAGCAAAGCAAAGGUGACGUGAGUCCAGAUGAGGUGGUGCGCUUGGUUAACGAGGGCCUCAGCGAGGGGGAGAAGGCCUUCAGUAUCAAAGCCAGGUCCAUUCUAUGCUGCAUGCGCCACAUGCCAAGUUGGUCCAUGGAUGUUUUGAGGCUGUGUAAGAAAUAUCAGCAUGAGGGGGUGGUGGCCAUCGACCUAGCAGGUGACGAGUUACUCAACUGUGAAGCCAAUUCAGACCACAGGAAGGCCUACGAGGAAGCAGUUCGCUAUGGGAUCCACAGGACAGUCCAUGCAGGAGAGGUGGGCCCAGCUUCUGUGGUGAAGGAGGCUGUGGAGGUGCUGAAAGCUGAACGUGUUGGACACGGUUACAAUACCCUGGAGAACCAAGACCUGUACAGAAAACUGCUGGCUCAAAACAUGCACUUUGAGAUGUGUCCCAUUUCCAGUAAGUUUACAGGUGCCUGCAACUCAGACUUCACCAAACACCCCAUCAUCACGUUCAGGAAGGACAAGGCUAAUUACUCCUUGAACACAGAUGACCCUCUAAUCUUCAACUCAACCUUGAACCUUGACUACAGCACUGCACACAAAUACAUGGGAUUUACUGAGGAGGAGUUCAAGCGACUGAACAUCCAAUCUGCAGAGUCGAGUUUCCUGCCUGAUGAGGAGAAGAAGGAGCUCCUCCACAGACUGCACGAGGCCUAUGGGAUGAUACAGAGCACUGCCUGUUAAAGCUGAUGGGGAAUGAGGGACUCAUCCCGGGAAAACACCCUUUAUAUGAAUACUUACAUGUAACCCAUUCGGCAUAUAGAAUAUCAGAAAUCCAGGUUCUCAUUUGGCUGCUGCUUUCACCUCAUCCUCUGUACCUGCAUAUCUCCAGUGUUUUAUUUGAUGAUGCUCUUUCAGAUAGUCACCCUCUUCUGACAAGAGUUGUUUUGUUUUUCAUGUAACACCUUCUGUUUACAUCAUCUCCAAAAAGAGGAGAAUCAGGGAAUAACUCAACAGUUUGUUCUGAACAAGAGGGCUGGCUCAGCUCGUCUGUUCUUCACUUCUGUCACAGCUGAAACGUUAGUCGACUGUUUAAAGCGUGAAGCCAUGCAUGGAGCCGUGCAUGCUCAGAGGUUCCUGCAGGACCUCACCAGGUGACUCUGUGCAUCCACCGUUCAGUUCAUGGCUGCUAAGAUCUUUGUGCUCUGUGUUCAAACACCAGAAGAACCAUCAGAUGAAAACAGCUGAAAACCAAAGUGUGUUCUCAAAUUUGUCCAGCAAGUGGCGCCAUUCUGUCACCCAGCUGAACUCAUGGCUUUUCGUUUCAGAAUUCCUGUUCUGUUGAUGUAUAUAUUUAAUAUCUAUUUUCAUUUCACAGAAUAAAAAUUCCUUUCACUAACAUGUUGAUAGCACUUCUGAACAACAACUUAACAAUAACCUGAAUAAAAGAUGUU